AUGGGGUUCACUUCCCGUUUUCUCCGCAUUCCGCGGCCAGAGUCCUUUCUCUAUGUGAUGAGCUUAGAGACUGGUGCUUCAUUAAUCACACUUUCGCUUCUCUUGAAUAAAAUCAGUGGCCUCUAUGGCCUACUAGCCCUUUUGACCGGCUAUCACCUGUCCCCCGUACAACUCUCAAUGUACCUUUGGUCCCUCGUUGCCCUUGGUCUCGCCGCACUUCUGUUCCCACACAUUCGCAAACAGUCCCCUCUACAAUGUCUCGCCCUCGCCUACCUCUAUGUAUUCGACAGCUUGAUUAACGCCGCUUACACUGCCGCUUUCGGUGUGACUUGGUUCUUGGUGGUAUCCCAACAUUACGACAGUGGCGAAGCCGCCGGUCCAGGAGGCGACACGAUCGCCCAAACCGCUGGCUUUACCAGCCCCAAGUACGAUGCAGCCUACGUCGAAAUCCAGAACACAAAAGAAGGAAACAACUUCGUUGCUCAUCCCCCGCGUGCCGCCGAAGAUCUCAGCAAUGUCGUUCUCCAGCCCGAGAGUCUCCCGAGCAUCAUCUUCAUCUGCCUUCUGUGGGCAGUCCGCGUCUACUUUGUCCUGGUGAUGCUCGCUUUCGCACGCCAGGCCCUCCGUCUCUGGGUUGCGAUUCCCCGGCACACCCAACUCCCGACCCACAGCCGCAACGUUUCUGUCGCCAGCGUUGCCGAUAUCGAUCGGGAGCCUUUCUCUCCCUAUAGCCCCGACGGCCAGGGCUGGCAAGGCAGGCUGGGUCGCGUGAUGGUCAGCAUCGGCCACAGCUAUUGGUUGGGCGAAGAGGAGGACGGUAACUGGCUCAGCGGCAUCAACCACAAGUUCCGCAACCGUUCAAACAACACAGAGCUGCCCGGUGCGCUGGAAAGAGAGAGGAGACGCCGUUCUGGAACGGGUCCCCCAGCACCGUCGCCAUCUAUUGUUCGAUCUACUGUCCUUCAGCAGCCAAUUCCUGAGCAUGUACCUGGUGGCAUGAAUGUGAAGAUGCAAGACUGGAACGCACCUCGAUAA